CACACACACACACACGCUCUCGCUCACACUCGCGUCUUCUCGGCCCCCUCGCUCUCCUCGCACCCACCUGCUCUGCAGCGCCCUGGGCGCACCCCUCGGUCGCGCGCCCCUGGCGCUCCUGGCGCAGACUGUCACAGUUAGAGGGGGCAGCGUGCCCCGGGGUGAGCGCCCCCGCCCCGCUCGUCCUCCCUCCCACAGGGGCGCUCCUGGUGCCCAGGACGGGCCGCUGAACCGGAGGGGACGCAGGAGGCCAUGGUGGGAGCGCUUGUCCGCCUCGGUGCCCGCUGAGGCCAUGCCGCGCCCCGGCUGCCCCUCCGGCGCUCGCCUGCGCCUGCUUCUCCUCCUGCCGCCGCUGCUGCUGCUCCCGGGCGGCUACGCGGGCGACCUGACGGUGGCCGUGGUGCUGCCUCUGGCCAACACCUCGUACCCGUGGUCGUGGGCGCGCGUGGGACCGGCGGUGGAGCUGGCCCUGGCCCGGGUGAAGGCGCGGCCGGACCUGCUGCCGGGCUGGACAGUCCGCACGGUGCUGGGCAGCAGCGAGAGCGCGCUGGGCGUCUGCUCCGACACCGCCGCGCCCCUGGCCGCCGUGGACCUCAAGUGGGAGCACAACCCCGCGGUGUUCCUGGGCCCCGGCUGCGUGUACGCCGCAGCCCCCGUGGGCCGCUUCACUGCGCACUGGCGGGUGCCGCUGCUGACCGCCGGCGCCCCGGCGGUGGGGUUCGGGGCCAAGGACGAGUACGCGCUGACCACCCGCGCCGGGCCCAGCCAUGCCAAGCUGGGCGACUUCGUGGCGGCUCUGCACCGACGGCUGGGCUGGGAGCGCCAGGCGCUAGUGCUCUACGCCUACCAGCCCCGCGACGACCAGCCCUGCUUCUUCGUGGUGGAGGGGCUGUACAUGCAGGUCCGCGACCGCCUCAACAUCACGGUGGACCACCUGGAGUUCGCCGAGGGCGACCGCGACCACUACACCAUGCUGCUGCGCACCGUGCGACGCAAAGGCCGAGUUGUCUACAUCUGCAGCUCCCCAGAUACCUUCAGAACCCUGAUGCUUCUGGCCCUGGAAGCUGGCCUGAGCGGGGAGGACUAUGUUUUCUUCCAUCUGGACCUCUUUGGGCAAAGCCUGCAGGGAGCACAUGGCCUUGCUCCCCACAGGCCCUGGGAGAGAGGGGAUGGGCAGGAUGUCAGCGCCCACCAGGCCUUUCAGGCUGCCAAAAUCAUUACAUAUAAAGAGCCGGAUAAUCCUGAGUACUUGGAAUUCCUACAGAAGCUAAAACACUUGGCCCAUGAGCAGUUCAACUUCACCAUGGAGGAUGGCCUGGUGAACACCAUCCCAGCGUCCUUCCACGACGGGCUCCUGCUCUAUGUCCAGGCAGUGUCGGAGACUCUAGCACAUGGGGGAACUGUCACCGAUGGGGAGGGCAUCACUCAGCGGAUGUGGAACCGAAGCUUCCAAGGUGUGACAGGAUACCUGAAAAUGGACAGCAAUGGAGAUCGGGAGACCGACUUCUCCCUCUGGGAUAUGGAUCCUGACACUGGCACCUUCAGGGUUGUUCUGAACUUCAAUGGAACCUCCCAAGAGCUGGUGACCGUGUCAGGGUGCAAACUGAACUGGCCUCUGGGGUAUCCACCUCCUGAUGUCCCCAAAUGUGGUUUUGACAAUGAGGACCCAGCCUGCAACCAAGACCACUUUUCCACCCUGGAGGUGCUGGCUUUGGUGGGCAGCCUCUCCCUCCUCAGCAUUCUGAUCGUCUCCUUCUUCAUAUACAGGAAGAUGCAGCUGGAGAAGGAACUGGCCUCAGAGCUGUGGCGGGUGCGUUGGGAGGACCUGCAGCCCAGUAGCCUAGAGAGGCACCUCCGGAGUGCAGGCAGCCGGCUGACCCUGAGUGGGAGAGGCUCCAAUUACGGCUCCCUGCUGACCACAGAGGGCCAGUUCCAAAUCUUUGCCAAGACAGCGUAUUAUAAGGGUAACCUCGUGGCUGUGAAACGUGUGAACCGUAAACGCAUUGAGCUGACGCGGGAAGUCCUGUUUGAGCUGAAGCAUAUGCGGGAUGUGCAGAACGAACACCUGACCAGGUUUGUGGGGGCCUGCACUGACCCCCCCAACAUCUGUAUCCUCACAGAGUACUGUCCCCGUGGGAGCUUGCAGCAGGACAUCCUGGAGAAUGAGAGCAUCACCCUGGACUGGAUGUUCCGGUACUCGCUCACCCAUGACAUCGUCAAGGGUAUGCUGUUCCUGCACAAUGGGGCCAUUUGCUCCCAUGGGAACCUCAAGUCAUCCAACUGCGUGGUAGACGGGCGCUUCGUGCUCAAGAUCACUGACUACGGGCUGGAGAGCUUCAGGGACCCGGAGCCCGAGCAAGGAUACACCCUCUAUGCCAAAAAGUUGUGGACAGCCCCUGAGCUCCUGCGAAUGGCCUCAGCCCCUGCCCGGGGCUCCCAGGCUGGUGACGUGUACAGCUUUGGAAUCAUCCUUCAGGAGAUUGCCCUGAGGAGUGGUGUCUUCCAUGUGGAAGGUUUGGACCUCAGUCCCAAAGAGAUCAUUGAACGUGUGACUCGGGGUGAGCAGCCCCCCUUCCGGCCCUCCCUGGCCCUGCAGAGUCACCUGGAGGAACUGGGGCAGCUGAUGCAGCGCUGCUGGGCCGAGGACCCGCAGGAGCGGCCACCCUUCCAACAGAUCCGCCUGAUGCUGCGCAAAUUUAACAGAGAGAACAGCAGCAACAUCCUGGAUAACCUGCUGUCACGCAUGGAACAGUACGCCAACAACCUGGAAGAGCUGGUGGAGGAGCGGACCCAGGCCUACCUGGAGGAGAAGCGCAAGGCGGAGGCCCUGCUCUACCAGAUUCUGCCUCACUCAGUGGCUGAGCAGCUGAAGCGUGGGGAGACGGUCCAGGCCGAAGCCUUUGACAGCGUCACUAUCUACUUCAGCGACAUUGUGGGUUUCACGGCCCUGUCGGCGGAGAGCACGCCCAUGCAGGUGGUGACCCUGCUCAACGACCUGUACACUUGCUUUGAUGCUGUCAUAGACAACUUUGAUGUCUACAAGGUGGAGACCAUUGGGGACGCCUACAUGGUGGUGUCCGGGCUCCCAGUGCGGAACGGGAGGCUGCACGCCCGCGAGGUGGCCCGCAUGGCCCUGGCGCUGCUGGACGCGGUGCGCUCCUUCCGCAUCCGCCAUCGGCCCCAGGAGCAGCUGCGCUUGCGCAUCGGCAUCCACACAGGUGAGGCCGCCGGAGGGGCGGGGAGGGGGCUCCCAAAAGCUGGAGCUGCAGGACCCGUGUGUGCAGGUGUGGUAGGGCUGAAGAUGCCCCGUUACUGUCUUUUUGGGGACACAGUCAACACGGCCUCAAGAAUGGAGUCUAACGGGGAAGCCCUGAAGAUCCACUUGUCUUCUGAGACCAAGGCUGUCCUGGAGGAGUUUGGUGGUUUCGAGCUGGAGCUUCGAGGGGAUGUAGAAAUGAAGGGCAAAGGCAAAGUUCGGACCUACUGGCUACUGGGGGAGCGGGGGAGUAGCACCCGAGGCUGACCUGGCUCUCCUCCUGGCCUUCCACACCUCCCUUCCCUAUGCCAGAGGUGAGAGAGAGGUGCCAGGCCUCAGCCUCGCCUGCAGUAUCCCCACCAUUGCCAAAGAAGUAGUUUGAACAGCUCAGAUGUGCAGACCCCAGUGGAGACACCAGACAUUACCUCUGAAAGUGGACUGGUAUUGAGGGAGAACUUGGAGCUCACAGGACCAGACCAGAACUCACAGCCAUGCCCAGGGACACAAACACACACACACACACACACACACACACACACACACGUAGGCACACGCACCUGCUCUCCACCCUUACUCAGGCCAGGCCAGGCUGGGAUAUGGAUUCCUGGAUCCUCCUGCCCCUCCCUGUGCCCUCUUCCCUCAACCUUGCUACACUGUGACUUUUAUGGGGAGGAGGAAAAGGAAAAGGGAUUAUAGGUGAAUCUAGGGGCUGGGGGGAGUCCACAUCUGGGCCUAGCCCAGAUGGGCCACAAACACCCCCCCCCCCGUCCCCCACCACCCAACCUAGGAUGCAAUGCACAGGGGAGAAAGGGAAGGACAGAGGGCUGUGGGCUUGUAUGCCUUGCUUCUCCUGUGAGUGGAGACCAUUAAAAUCUUUAUUCCAGUGA